UUUCAUCUGUCUAAUAUACAUUUUAUGAGCUGUCUGUUUUUCAGUAAUCUCUUCACAACAUCAAUUUGGAUAUACAGUCACGUCCAAAAGUAUUGGCACCCUUGAUGAGGAAAAAAAGACUAAAUUCAUCAUACAAAUGCUGAGCUACUUUGCAUACUCCACUUUUUUUUAAACCUUAUAUUCUAAUAUACUAAUACAAUUGCGCAGAGAGAGAUUUUGUUGAUCAAAUAAUUAUUUUUUUCUCUCUAAAAUGUAUGUCAAAAAAUUAUUGGCACCCCUGUUUUCAAUAUGCUGUGCACCCUCCUCUUGCUAGGAUAAUAACACAGCCUUUUUCUAUAAUGUUUUAUGAUAUUGGACAACACAUUGGGAGGGAUCUUAGACCAUUUCUCUGUGCAGAAUAUUUUCAGAUACUUUAUAUCCCAUGGUCUGUGCUUAUGGACCGCCCUCUUCAAUACCAGCCACAGGUUUUCAAUGGGGUUCAAGUCCAAUGACUGAGACAGCCAUUGCAAAAUGUUGAUUAUGUGGUUAACUAUUUCUUUGUGGAUUUCGGUGUGCUUGGGGUCAAUGUCUUGCUGGAAGAUCCACUUCUGACCAAGUGUCCACCUCCAGGCAGAGGCAAGCAGGUUUUGGCUAAAAUGUCCUUGUACUGGGUAAGGUUAAUGAUGCCGUUCAUCUUAACAAGGGCCCCAGGACCAGUGGAAGCAAAACAGCCCCAUAACAUCAAAGAUCCACCACCAUAUUUUACAAGCAAACCCCCGAAGCAAGAGGAACUGUAAUUCAUGAACCCUGCAAGAGGAGGGAGACUAGAGGUAAGUAGAGCAGACUGAGUGGGAGUUCUACCAGCAACAGGAGUUUCAGACCACCACCAUCACCACCCAGACAUGCUCCAGGGCAUGAACAGCAUCAGCAGUUGUUUGGGGUGUUCGGAGGGGGCAGAGAGCAGGUACGAGACUCCCCCAGCCUCAGAGCUCCAGAGGCUGAUGUGGACCAAACCAGGGACCAGUGACCAUAUGGAUGAGGUCCAGCCCAGGAUCUACAUAGGAGACAUGUAUGCAGCCAAAGACAAGAGGACACUCCGGACUCAUCACAUCACCCACGUCUUGAACGCAGCAGAUGGGAAGUUUAAUGUGAACACAGGUGCCAGCUACUACAGGGACACAAAAAUAUCCUACCAUGGAGUGGAGGCAUUCGACAUGCCCUCAUUUGACCUCAGUACAUUCUUCUACUCUGCGGCCAAAUUUAUCAAGACCGCCCUGAGUUCACCCACCAGUAAUGUGUUGGUCCACUGCGCGAUGGGUCUGAGUCGCUCGUCCUCUCUGGUCCUGGCCUAUCUGAUGAUCGAUAAGAACCUGACCCUGGUGGAUGCCAUCAAGGCUGUGGCUGCAAACAGAAACAUCUGUCCCAACGCUGGAUUCCUGGAGCAGCUCCGAGACCUGGACAAACAACUCCACUACCAGGCUAGACGACAGUGAAAACACGUUUUUGCUGAGACUUAGAUGGAUAGUCGAAUAGUGUAGGGGACAACUGUGCAGUCACUAUACUCAUACUGUAGAUGAUUUUAUUAUUUUGUGUAAAGAUGUGUCAGAAAUAAAUCCAUUGCUAAUGUGAUCAACACAUUCAACUUUUCUCAUAAAAAAUUGUUGUCUAACAACAAUUACAAGCCACCGGGGUCUGACAACCUGGAUGGAAAAUUACUGAGGAUAAUAGUGUACGAUAAUGCCACAUCUUCAAUUUAAGUCUACUAGAAAGUGUUUGUCCUCAGGCCUGGAGGAAAGCUAAAGUCAUUCCGCUACCCUAGAAUAGGAAUGCCCCCUUUACUGGCUCAAAUAGCCGACCAAUCAGUCUGUUAACAACCCUGAGUAAACUUCUGUAAAAAAAAAUGGUGUUUGACUAGAUACAAUGCCCUUUCACAAUAAACAAAUUCACAACAGACUUUCAGCACACAUAUAGGAAAGAACACUCAACAAGCAUGGAACUUACACAAAUGACUGAUGAUUGGCUGAGAGAAAUUUAUACAAUUAUUGUGGGGGUUGUCUUGUUAGACUUCAGCGCAGCUUUUGACAUUAUUGAUCAUAGUCUGCUGCUGGAAAAACCUGUGGGUUAUGGCUUUACACCACCUGCUAUAUUGUGGAUAAAGAGUUACUUGUCUAACAGAAC